AUGGCUGCCGUGCAAGUGGUGCAGUUGCCGCCUGCCUUUUGCGGCGAGCAAGCAGUUUACGGGCCUCACUACCGCGGAGGCCUGGCGCCGCCACCGGAUUGGUGGGCUCAGGCUGCCCAAGCCUGCGCCCUAACGCAAUGCCAAGUUGCAGCGUUGCAACAAAUGUUCCAGCCUUGCCGCUGGCAGACUAUCAAUGGCUUCAGUUACCAGCCGGUACAAGCUCAAGCGCCAAUGAUGCAGAUGGCCACUCCUCACUUUGCACCCCCUGCACCGCCCAUGCCUGGGCCUUCCCCCACGCAACAAGCCCCCCUGCAAGCACUCCACCCAGCACCAGCGGCAAGCAUCCCAACGUCGGCCCCCACGAGCUCACCCAAGAGCCCGACGCAACCUUCGUGGGCGGACUUGUCGGAGGAUCUGACUCCACCGAGCCUGCCAGCGGAGUUGCCGACUCUGCUCCCCAAGCCCAGCAAGGGUAACGGAAAGGGAAAGGGAAAGACUGCCAAGAAGUCAUCCAAAGGAACGGGCAAAGCCAGAAACGGUGGCAAGUGGCAGAAUGAAUACUCGGACUAUUAUUCUUGGAACUACCAGUAUUACGGCUGGUAUUGA